UGUGGAAGUCGCCUUGUCUGAAGAAGUUUGUUUCAAUUCUAGGAUAACCAUAAAAUUGAUACGACACCACGUCGACAUGGGGCGGACAUUUCUCGGACUGGGCGUCUUGGCGAUGUUAGGGCUUCUGACAGGCGCAGAUGCAGUAGCGUGUCCCGGCCGGUACAAGGGGUUUGACGGGAAGUGUUACGGGUUUUUCCCUGGGGGCAGCUACCCGGAAGCAGUGCGCUUCUGCAGCCGCCAGGGGGCGCAGCUGUACAUGAUGAGGAACCCCACCGAGGUGUUCCGUCUGAAGCAGCUGCUGAGCAAGCAGCCUCUGAAGAGUUUCUGGGUCGGCCUGACCGACGAAAACACCUCCCGUACCUGGGCCUGGUCUAACGGGGAUGCGCUCGGCGUGGGAGACUUCACCGACUGGGGGAACCCUGCCGACAAUGACGACCAGGCGUGCGUGUACGCCCGGAAGGAGAGCGGUUACAAGUGGGCCGUCACCGGCUGUGGGCAGAAAAAGGCCUUCAUCUGCAAGAAGGACCCGUAGACGGC